AUGCCUCGGAUCCCACCCUCCACCAUCCGUCAAGCCCACCACAUCUCUCCACACGCAGCAGCACUGCUGCCAGUCUGUCGAGACCUGCCCUCUGCCCUGAACGAGCUGAGGUGGGUGCGCGAACACGUCCGCCAGCUCACACCGCCCGCGUCGUCGUCGUCCCUGUGGACAGAAGAACUUCAUGUCGCCUCACUGUGCCGGCGUCGUGGAAGGGGAGAGCCGCUGCAGUAUAUCCUCGGGACGCAGCCGUUUGGUGGCCUGGAGCUGAAGUGUCGUCCCGGCGUGUUCAUCCCUAGACCAGAGCCUGAAGCUUACACGACACAUCUGGCUGCACUCAUCCAGCACUCUCACCUCCUGGGGCCCUCACCUCAGUCCCUGAGCAUCCUGGAUCUCUGCACAGGCACAGGUUGCAUAGCCUUGCUCCUAUACUCCCUGCUCGCCCGCACCAUACCUGACCUCCACGUCCACGGCAUCGAUAUCUCACCCUACGCCGUCGACCUGUCAAAGGAGAACGCCCGGCACAACAAUCUCGCCAUCACCACUACACCCCCAGGGCGCUCUCUUGUCUUUAGCCAGGCCGACAUCUUCUCUGACACUGCCCUCCUCGGCGCCCUCACCUCCUCGAGGGACUUGCCUUCCCAGCCCCCGCUCGAUGUCCUGGUCUGCAACCCGCCCUACGUCUCCCGGUGGGGAUACAGCCGCCAGACAGCGCAGAGCGUGCGGCGCUACGAGCCCAAGAUCGCGCAGGUGCCGAUGGUGGAAUAUCCCGGCGACCACACGCCGGAGGAUGUGUUCUACGCGCGGCUACUAGACAUAGCCGCGAGACUGGGCCCGCGGGUGUUGCUGUGCGAGGUGGGCGAUCUGGGCCAGGCUUUGAGAGUCGUGGAGAUGGCCUUG